UGGCCGGUGUUGUUAAUGGUUGAUGGUGCCGGUGAGUUUAAAGGAUUAUUUGCAAAAGGAAUGGAGCGAUAUAAUGUUUCUAUAAGAGUUGUCGAUCUUUAUAGCUUUGAGAGCUUAGCAUUAGUUAAAAAAUUCAAACAAUAUUUGGCUAGACUUAUAUACAAAAUUCAAUAUGCUAUAGAGGGAAAACUCAAAGAAA